GAAGGAUUCAUUUUAUAUUUGGGUUUUUAUUUUUUAUUUUUUUCUCUCUGUCACUGCCAGUUUUUGGAAUUGGGGGGUAUCUGGCGAAGGAGCGAAAAAACCACCAAACGGCUAUAAUUGGCGUUACAGAUUUUCGUGGGACAAUAGAGAGACAGAGAAGCUCUAUUAAAGAUCGUUGUUUUUUGUUUCUCGUUUGCCGAAUUUUCACAAAAAAAUUUGGCCUUUCGGGUUCGAGUUCUUCGUCUGGGUCUGCAGGAUCUGAUGGUGCAGAGUUUUUGAGAGAGGAGAGGCUUUAGAACAAGGGGCUUGUUGGGCAUUCCCUUUUUUUUAUUAUUCGUCAUCAUGUCUGACGGAUACUACAGUUCGAAGAAGACUGAUGAUAUCUGCGACGAUGUUUGUGGCGAGGGCUCACAAGCAGCAUUGAGCAUGUCUAGACUCCGAUGCAUUUUGCGUGGCUUGGAUUUCAAGUCUUACAUUUUCCUGUUUACGGUUGUUCCAUUGGGCAUGUUUGGCAUAUAUUUACAUGGGCAGAAGAUCUCGUAUUUUCUAAGACCACUUUGGGAAUCUCCUCCAAAGCCUUUCAUUGAUAUCCCGCACUACUAUCAUCAGAACGUGUCAAUGGAGACUCUUUGCAGACUUCAUGGGUGGAAGAUUCGUGAAUCACCGAGACGAGUUUAUGAUGCAGUUCUUUUCAGUAAUGAAGUAGACAUGCUUACAAUCCGAUGGAAUGAAUUGUAUCCAUAUGUGACACAGUUUGUUCUCCUUGAAUCCAACUCAACGUUUACUGGCUUGCCCAAGCCAUUGAUUUUCGCAAGAAACCGUGACAAGUUUAAGUUUGUUGAACCCCGGCUAACUUAUGUUACUACUGGAGGAAGAUUUAAGAAAGGGGAAAACCCAUUUUAUGAGGAGGCAUAUCAGAGAGUGGCACUUGACCAGCUUCUUCGAGUAGCUGGUAUAGAAGAUGAUGACCUCCUGAUAAUGUCUGAUGUUGAUGAGAUUCCGAGUGCCCACACAAUUGAUCUAUUGAGAUGGUGUGAUGACACCCCGCCCGUUGUUCAUCUUGGGCUGAAGAAUUACUUGUAUUCUUUUGAGUAUUAUGUAGAUGACAAGAGCUGGAGAGCAUCAGUUCACAGGUACCAGACUGGUAAUACUACCUAUGCACACUUUAGACAGAGCGACUACCUUUUGUCCGAUGCAGGGUGGCAUUGUAGCUUUUGUUUCCGCCAUAUCAGUGAGUUCAUAUUCAAGAUGAAAGCUUACAGCCACUAUGAUCGGGUACGGUUCUCUCAUUAUUUGAACCCGAAAAGGAUUCAGGAUGUAAUAUGUAAAGGGGCUGACCUAUUUGACAUGCUUCCUGAGGAGUACACAUUUAAGGAGAUCAUUGGGAAGAUGGGACCUAUUCCUAGAUCUUACUCAGCUGUUCAUCUUCCUGCAUUUAUACUGAACAAUGCUGAGAAGUACAAGUACCUAUUGCCUGGAAACUGCAAGAGGGAAAAUGGCUGAGUCUUGAAGGCUAAGGGUGCCUUGUUCAAACAGUAGGACAGGCAAAUUGUUGAUACAACUCUUGUGAACUGGACCAAAUAGUGAUCUAUUGGAAAAUUGACGGCGAUGGUGUUGCAGCGAUACAAAUAUACCUUUUCCUAAAGAUUGUAGGUCAUUGUUAGAGAGUGGCUGGGAAGAAACAGGAUUUUGUCCUGCCAAUUAAUGGGAGAUUAUGUAUAUUUCCUUUUUCUUGGGUUUCUUCCCAUGUGGAGGCAUAUCAAUUUUAAAGUGGGGAUUUUUCUAUUAGGGGAAGCUUUGGUGAGCUUAUGUACCCACCUCUUGUUGAUAUGACAUAAUCCCAAAUGCAUGAGUAAAAAUGACAUUUCCCAGGCUUUUCUUUAAUGGGAAUUGCGAUUUCUCGGACUAAUUUAUGUACAUCUUUCAUUCUGUCA